AUGUCAGCCAAUCCAGGUCUGCUCAAACGGAAGCACUCGGGCAAGACCAUCAAGGAGCUCUUCACCACCCAAUCCAAGCCCCCCACCGCUUCCGCAGCCCCGUUGUCCCCCACGAGCAAGCGCACCAGACGAGACAGCUCGCCCAUCCCAACCACCGAGGUCGCCACUUCGCCGCUCUCGGCGGCCAACAUGAGCACGGCCGACAUGUACAGCUUCCCCAGCAAGAAGGCUGCCGUGCCGGGCAAUGGCGACGUGGUGGACAUGACCUCGAGCCCCGACAACAGUCCCGCCAAACCGAAUGGCCAGCGGAACGGAAUGCGCAAGGCCGCGCCCAACAUGCAUGCCAGCGGCGGCCCCAAGCGCCUCGUCGUGAAGAACUUCAAGCCAGUGCGAAAGGUUGAUCCCCGUGCCUUUCUGGACCAGACAUGGCAGAAGCUCGAAAAGGCCCUCGACACCAUCUUCGCCCAGGGCAACAUCGACUUUAGCCUUGAGGAACUGUACAGGGGUGUGGAGAACGUCUGUCGCCAGAACAUGGCCAAGGACAUAAAAGAACGUCUCAUCGCCAAAUGCAAGGAUUACGUGGGAGGAAGCCUGAGGACAAAAGCAAAAGACAGCCUGAGCAGAACCAAUGUCGACGUGCUACGGACGACGCUGCAGGCCUGGGCGAUAUGGAACAGCCAGAUGAAAUAUCUCGACUGGAUCUUCUGCUACCUCGACCGCGCCUAUCUACUCCCCCGCCACGAGUCCCUCCGCGACAUGUGCAUAAGCCUCUUCCGUUCCAUCGUCUUUGAAGACGCCAAGCUGAACCACCGCAUCGUCGACGGUGCUUGCGAUCUCGUGUCAAGCGACCGCACAGGCGGCGGCCUUGACAGCGAGACCUUCUCCAGGACAAUCAACAUGUUCCAUGACAUGCAGGUCUACAUGCUGCACUUCGAGCCGCGCUUGAUGGAAAUCAGCCAGGAAUACGUAGUCACAUGGGCCGAUACAGAGAGCGCAGAGAAGUCAUUACCCGAAUAUGUGCGCAAUGCGAGGGCCCUCAUGGACCGCGAAAUGCAGAGAGUAGAGAUGUUUAGCCUUCCAAACACGACCAAGCGAGAACUCCUCACCCUGUUCGAAGACCAUCUGAUAUCGAACAAGGAGUCGAGACUAACAAACCAAGACGAUCUUGCUGACCUCCUCGAGACCAACGCUGUUCAAGACCUCGAACUGCUGCACACGCUUCUUGAGCGUCGAAAGUUGGGCUCGCAUCUACGACCGGGCUUCACAAAGUGGAUAGAGGACGAGGGUACAGCCGUUGUUUUCAACGAAAAGGAGCAAGACAACAUGGUUGUACACCUUUUGACCCUGAAACGUCAAUUAGACACCAUAUGGAAGACCUCCUUCCACCGAGACGAAGAGCUAGGUCAUGGGCUGCGCGAGGCUUUUGACAAGUUCAUGAACAAGACUAAGAAGACGAGUGCAAGCUGGGGCACAGACAACUCAAAAACCGGCGAGAUGAUUGCCAAAUAUGUCGACAUGCUAUUGAGAGGAGGUGCAAAGGCGAUCCCAACACAGCUGAGUCGAAAGGCAGAGAAGCCGGCUGAAGUGGAGGCCGAAGAGGACAAAGAAGAUGAUGUGUUUGAUGAGGAUACUGAAGUCAACAACCAACUCGACCAAGUUCUCGAUCUGUUCCGUUUCCUGCAUGGCAAGGCUGUGUUUGAGGCCUUUUACAAGAAAGAUCUAGCCAGGCGGUUGCUGAUGGGCAGAAGCGCUAGUGCAGAUGCUGAGAGGAGCAUGUUGUCGAGACUAAAGAUUGAAUGUGGUGCUGGUUUCACUGCCAACCUGGAGCAAAUGUUCCGAGACAUUGAACUCUCACGGGAAGAGUUGAGUUCAUACAAGAGCAUCAUUGAGGAACGUAACGAAAAACUCGACCUUGACCUAAACGUCAACAUUUUGUCUGCAUCUGCCUGGCCUACUUACCCCACCGUUCCCGUAAUCCUACCCCCAGAGAUCCAAUCUGCCAUCAACAAGUUCGAAGCACACUACAAAGUCAAGCACACUAGCCGUAAACUGGAGUUCAAGCAUGCACUCGCGCAUUGCCAAAUCAAGGCUAGAUUUCCCAAAGGGCUCAAGGAGUUGGUGGUUUCGUCGUUUCAGGCCAUUGUCCUCUUGCUUUUCAACGGCCGGCAGGAUGAUGAGCAUAUUGACUACGACUACCUCAAGCAAGCCACUGGACUACCACCCGCCGAACUUAAUCGCACAUUACAGUCUCUCGCGUGUGCCAAAGUACGGCCCUUAACGAAGCAUCCAAAAGGCCGCGAAAUCAAUGAGACGGACACAUUCACCAUCAACGCUUCUUUCACAGACCCCAAAUACCGCAUCAAGGUCAACACUGUUCAACUCAAAGAAACCGCGGCUGAGAAUAAGGAGACGCACGAACGUGUUGCUGCUGACCGAAACUACGAGACUCAAGCCGCCAUUGUUCGCAUCUUGAAGGCAAGAAAGAGGAUCAGUCACGCCGAAUUGGUUAGCGAGACAAUCAAGGCUACGAGGAACAGGGGUACUCUGGAAGUCAGUGGCAUUAAGAGGAACAUUGACAGGCUGAUUGAGAAGGAGUUUCUGGAAAGAGAGGAUGACGGACUAUACGCUUACAUUGCAUAGACUACGCAUACAGUGUCAGUAGAGGGCUGUUCUUGAAUGUCGCUCAUGUCUGUUCCAUCGACAAGCACGACGCUGCUACGUGCAUGUUGAUGUUGUUUGAGUUUUCUGGUAUUUCCAAUGUUGACAGCGCAUUAGACAAGCUGGUUUACUUUUUAUAUCCCGAAUCAUUGUCAUUUUCACAUCACUCGCUCUGGGGCUGUGCCUACAGAUUAGGGUAAACAUUUGCAAAUCAUCUUUAUUUGGGCAAUGGUCGCCGAUUGCUGUCUAGGACGCAGAGACUAAUUACU